UUCUUUCCUUCUAAAAAUAUUUGUAGUCUACUUUGUUUGUUCCCUCUUUUAAAUAGCUGGGUUUGUAAUUCAAAAUUUUGCUGAUUCAUGUAUCCUCCCAAAUGGAGAUGGGCUUGUUUAAUCCUAGGAAAACAUUUCAUAUUGCUGAAAUAGUUUCUUAGGACAGUGUCUAGCACGACUCAAGCCAAUUAGUGUAUCUGCUCUCAAAUAAUAUUAUUACAGUAUUAUUAUUGUAAUUUUUUGUGUCAUUUCCCUACAUAAACUAUCAGAAAAACAUGGUCCAGUUAUGCUACUUCACCUGGGCAGUAAGCCAAUGGUUGUUGCUUCCUCUGUAGAUGCUGCUCGUGAUAUCAUGAAAACCCACGACCUUGUCUGGUCAAAUAGACCUAAAUCUAAAAUGGCUGAUAGACUUUUUUAUGGUUCCAAGGAUGUGGCGUUUAGUCCCUAUGGUGAAUAUUGGAGGCAAGUUAGAAGUGUUACUGUGCUUCACCUUCUUAGCAACAAAAGAGUCCAAUCUUUUCGUGAUGUCUUAGAAGAAGAAAUAUCGAACAUGAUUGAAAAUAAUAGACAAGAGUGUGAAUUUUCGAGGUCAGUGAUAGAUUUGAGAGAUUUUUUCUGUUCUCUGACUAAUACCAUAAUUAGCAGAGUGGCCUUAGGGAGGAAAUAUAAUGAAGGGGAAAGUGGAAUAAAUGGUAAUGCCACCCUAGAUGGAUUUGUGAACCUUUUAGGUACAUUCAACGUCGGGGAAUAUAUUCCGUGGCUUGAAUGGUUCAAUAAAAUUAGUGGUCUUGACACCAAAGUGGAGAAAGCAGCAAAAGAGACGGACACAUUUUUGGAGAAUGUGAUUGAAGAACAUAUCAGAAAAGGAGAAUACUGCUCGGGGGAAGCUAAAGAUUUCGUGGACGUUUUGUUGGAAAUUCAGAUUAAUGGAGAUGAAACAGGCUAUCCUCUACAAAGGGAUUCAUUGAAAGCUAUUCUCUUGGAUACAUUUGCUGUUGGUACGGAUACAACUUAUACAGCUUUAGAGUGAAUAAUAACAGAGCUUUUGAGACAUCCAAGAGCCAUAAAAAAAUUACAGAAGGAAGUGCGACAAUUAGUCCAAGGGAAAUCAGAGAUGACUUAGGAAAUAUGCAGUAUAUUAAAGCAGUGAUCAAAGAGACUCUUAGGCUUCAUCCACCAAAUCCACUACUACUUCCUCGAGAAUCAAUGGAAGACGUAAAAUUACUAGGCUAUUAUAUCCCUGCUAAAACUCAAGUCAUUAUUAAUGCUUUGGCAAUCGGAAGAGAUACAUUGUCGUGGGAAAAUCCGUAGGAGUACCGACCAGAGAGGUUCUUGAAUAGUGAUAUUGAUGUCAAAGGACUAAACUUUGAAUUGAUUCCCUUUGGUGCAGGCAGGAGGGGCUAUUGCUUUUGGUAUUAUUGUAAAUGAGCUAGCAUUAGCAAGGCUUGUGCACAAGUUCAAUUUUGCAUUACCAGAAAGGAUGA